AUGGGUGAUCAUGUCACAGCGACUGGCUUCAGUGUGGAAGACAUCGAGUUGUUAGGAGACUUACCCGACUAUGCCCGACUCAGCGGCAUUCCACUGCCAAAGGCUUACACGAACUUCAAGAUCGACCAUGCUUUGCCACGACCCUAUAGACCGUUCAGAUGGGGUUACUUCCAGAACAUGUCCCUGUCAAAGAUGGAACCUGACUGGUGGUUCGAGCUGAAUCGCGACUAUGGAGAGACCAUCAAAUAUCGCCAAGCAUUGUUUGGAGAACGUGGCCCGAGAGUUCUGCAGACACUUCCCGGGUGCGAAUUGGCCGCCAAAGAGUUGAUGGAGAUGGCCCUACAAUUCUUGUGUGCUCGUUAUCCUAAUCUCUUUUACCUAGACCAGUAG